UCCUACUCCAAAAGGAAUUCCCCCCUCCCCCCUCUAAAAAAAAAGAUGACCUCUACACUCUCGCCUUGAGACAGAGGAAGGAAAUACACGAAAGGGAAGCUGUUUUUUUGUUUUUUUUGGUACACGAAGGGGAAGCUGUUAAGCUCUACGUUAACCGGGUAAGAAGACUUGACGAAAGUUGGGUGGGACAGGGGGUGACAGAUCUGUUCAAUCUCCUUGUUUCUUGGUGCCAUCAAAAAGCCAUAUAUGGAGACGAUCAUUAGCACUGCUAUAUCCUUGAUCUCAGAUACGUAUUCUUCUGUCCGUGGCGUGAGGGUAGAUGUAAAGAACCUCUCAAGUAAGCUCUCGGUUACCAAAGCUGUGCUUGCAGAUGCGGAGAACACGCAAGUGAACAAUCCACAAUUGAAAGAUUGGCUCGAAAAGCUCAAGCAGGCAGCUUUUGAUGUUGAAGACGUAUUGGAAACUUUGGCAGCAGAAGCUUAUCAUAGGAAAAAGAGGCAGAGUGCGUUACGGAACUCCUCUAAAUAUGAUACAGCACAUAAGAUCAAGAAUAUUUCCAAAAUUUUUGAUAUAAUUGCUGAAGAAAAAAACAAAUUCCAUCUCGACAAAGUUAAUGUCGGUAGGUCUGAGAUCCCAAACUACACUAGCUUUUUUGUGGAUAGGUCAGAUGUAGUUGGUAGGGAGGCUGAUAAAGAAAUCAUAACACAUAUGAUGCUUUCGGAUGAAUUCGAUAUAGAAGACAGCGUUUCUGUGAUUUCAAUCAUAGGGAUGGGAGGCCUGGGCAAAACAACUCUUGCUCAACUUGUCUUCAACGACGAGAGGGUAAGUGCUCAUUUCGAAGCAAAGAUGUGGGUCUGCGUCAAUGUUGAGUUUGACCUCACGAGGAUUCUUAAAGAAAUGAUUCAAUUUCAUUCUACCUACAGUUCCGGCUCCACAAGCCACCUACAGUUCCGGCUUCGGGACAUCUUGAGAGGAAAACGUUUCUUACUUGUUCUAGAUGAUGUCUGGACAGAGGAUAUCUCAAAAUGGGACUCCCUGCGAGUUCUCUUGAAACAGGGGGAAAAGGGUAGCAGAGUUUUGGUAACCAGUCCGAGUAUCAGGGUUGGGGAAAUUGUAGGCACUCAACCUUCCUAUCGUUUGCAAUAUUUGCCUGAAAAUGAAUGCUGGUCAUUGUUUGCAAAGAUUGCAUUUGGGAAUAUUGGCACAACUUUAUCCCGCGAGAAGCGGGAAGAAUUGGAAGAAAUUGGUAGACUAAUCGUUAGAAAGUGCCAAGGUCUCCCAUUGGCAGUCAAGGCAAUGGGAAGUAUCUUGCACAGUCACAUUGAUGAUGUAAAUAAAUGGUGGCAGAUUCAAAGAAGUGAGAUAUGGGAAAUAGAAGGACUUGGAGCUGACUCUCUCAAUGUUAUGGCUGUUCUAAAAUUGAGCUAUUAUUACCAUCUACCUGCUUAUCUAAAGCCUUGUUUUGAGUACUGUUCCUUAUUUCCUAAAUCCCAUGUUUUUUAUAAGGAAGAGUUGGUCAAACUCUGGAUGGCGGAAGGAUACAUACAAUCCGGGGGAGGUGAUAUGAUGGAGGAGGCUGGGAUUGCAUAUUUUAGUGAGCUUUUACUAAGAUUCUUCUUUCAUCCCUCAACCAUUGACAACAAGGAGAUAUACAUCAUGCCUGAUCUUAUCCAUGACUUGGCACAAUUAGUGUCGAGCCCCAAUUGCAUUCAGGUGAAGGACAAUGAGCUAUGCAGUUUCUCUAAACAAUCUCAUCACGUGUCCUUGCUCGGUAAAGAUGUCAAGCGGCCCAUGUUGGAGAUUGUCAAUAAUGCUUUGAAGCUGCGCACACUUCUACUUCCUAGUGGCCACUUGGAAAACUUUGAUCAAGCCCUUCAGAAAGUGUUUCAUACUUUGAAAUACUUGCGUGUGUUGGAUCUUAGUUCAACCCAGAUCUCGAAAUUGGCUGACUCAAUUGAAGAGUUGAAGUUGUUGCGCUACCUCGACCUCUCUAGAACAGAAAUCAGAAUUCUCCCCAACUCAAUUUGCAAUCUAUUCUAUUUGCAAACAUUGAAACUCCUGGGGUGCCUUUGGCUUUCUAGUUUGCCCAAAGACAUGGGGAAUUUGGUUAAUCUUCGACAUCUUGAACUCGAUGAUAUGUUCUGGUUCAAGCUCCCCACGUUGCCACCAAGCAUGGGGAACUUGGCCAGUCUGCACAAUUUGCCCGUAUUUCAAGUUGGCCAUGAGAAUGGAUAUGGAAUUGAAGAAUUGGAGAAAAUGACACAUCUUUCAGGAGCAUUGCAUAUCUCAAAGCUAGAGAAGGCUCCUAAUGUAGGAGCGGCCAAGUUGAAUGAGAAGAAGAGCCUUGACAAGUUGGUGUUUGAAUGGAGUGACAGAGUUGUCAAUACACAAGAUGAAGCAACGAUUGAAAAUAGUGUUCUCGAAGAUCUACAGCCUCACUCAAACCUCAAAGAGCUCCAAAUUUUACGUUAUAGGGGCAAUGAAUUUCCUGCUUGGAUGAAAGAAGGGCAGCUCCAAAAUUUAGUUAGCCUUACCUUGAACGGUUGCCUAAAAUGCAAAAUCCUCGCUCUAGGUGAUGAGUUACCCAAUCUUCGAGAGCUCUACAUCAAAGGUAUGCAUGAGUUAGAGAAAUGGGUGGAGGUUGAAUGCUACUCCCUUCGCCUGCUAAAGUUGAGUAAUUGUCCGGAGCUAAGGGAGUUGCCUAACAUCUUUCCAAUUUUAGAUUACUUGAAGAUCAAGAGAUGUAAUUCCUUAAGGGCUCUUCCAGUGGUUCCAUAUUUGCAGAUUCUAAUACUUAUCGACAAUCUUAUUCUGGAGGAUUGGCAUGAAGUAAAUCUGGUGAUGGAAGUUGAUAAUGAUCAAGGCCAACGUAAAACCAGUCCCCAACCCUCUCUGAUUGAAUUGUUAGAACUGAAAGUAAUAAGCUGCCCAAAGCUGCAGGCACUGCCAGAGAUCUUCGCUCCACAAAAGCUGGAGAUCAGUCAGUGUGAGUUACUGACCACUUUCCCACCACCACAAAAUGCCCGACGUCUUCAGCAUUUAGCACUGGAUGGAUGUGAUGACGGAGCAUUAGUGAGGGCAAUACCAGAUACCAACUAUCUAGACUCGUUGGUUAUUUCCAGCAUCUCAAACAUAUCCCCACUUCCGAAAUGGCCCCAAUUUCCAUGGCUCAAGGCGUUGUACAUUCGUGAUUGCAAAGAUCUGGUGUCCUUGUCCAACGGAGAAGAAGGGUCGCUGCAAACCUUGACCUCUCUCAAACUGCUUUCCAUCAGAAAUUGUGAAAAGCUGGAGACACUAAAUGAGGAGCUACCCAUUUCGCUGGAGUGUUUGAUUAUCGCAUCAUGCCCCCUUCUCAACUCAUUUUCACUGAAGAACCUCCCUUCACUCACUGACGUUUACAUUGAGGACUGCCCUUUGCUCCAGUCCUUGCCCGAGGAUGUGCUUCCCAGCUCUCUUCAACAUUUGCUAAUCAAAACAUGUCCCCUGUUAACUCAGCGAUGCCAAAAGGAGGGUGGAGGAGGUCCAGAUUGGCCCAAAAUUGAGCACAUUCCUGACCUGGAGAUUGACAAUUCCCAUAUAGUCUUCCCAUUAACAUCAAUAGCAAAGCCACCAGUUUGGUGUUUUCUACUUUUGCUAUGCUGUGGAGCUUCUUUAACUUCACUGGAAGAAGAGACGGUGAAGAAUGCGGCAACAGAUCAUAACAAAGCACAGUCCGGAGAAAUAUUCCUAGAGCACAAAAAGAAGAAGAAAUGGGCUGAUGAGAAGACUGGUCAUUCUUGCUUCAUGUUGCACGCAAGGUCACUCAAUAUCUGUUCGAGUCAUCUUGAAUACUGGAUUUGGAAUUGUUUCAAGGAAACAAGUGAAGAAAACAUUGAAGUAGCAAAACUUUCGCAUGUUUGUUGGCUGGACGUGAGAGGAAAAUUGAGUGUGUCAGAGCUGUCGCCAGUAGUUGUGUAUGAAAUUGUGUAUGUUGUUAAGCUGACAAAGGGGGCUUCUGGGUGGGAAUUCCCUAUCCUGCUUAGACUCUCACUCCCAGAUGGGAGAGUUCAAGAACGCCAAGUUAGCCUUUUGGAGAAGCCUAGAAGACAAUGGAUUGAGCUCAAUGUCGGCAACUUCCAGACCAAGAAUGGAGAAUCUGGAGAAGUGGGCUUCGAUAUUUAUCAGCAUGGAGGACAUUGGAAAAAGGGACUCAUAAUUAAAGGUGCCAUCUUUAGGCCAAAGCAUACGACUCUGUGAUCACUCAAAAUGAAAGAUAGGAUGCAAAAAUGUUUGUUUGUUUGUUUUUAACAAAGCUCUCUCUCACUCCCUGAAUGAGUUCCAUAAUUCAAAUGGCUUUUGAUCAUGGUUCAAACUGCA